AAUAGCCCAAGUGAUGCUCCGAACCUCAAACACGCAAUGAGUCCUGCUGGGGAUUUGCAUCUGGCUUCAAUGUGAAAUUAAGGUAGAAAAAUGCACAUAAACAUGUGUUUCCUGUUAAGAUUUAGUGUACUCAGUGGUUAUGCCUGAAGAGUGGGUCUUGUCUUUAGACGGAUAACUGCCAGGAAAUAUAAAUGAUUGUCCUAGAAGUCAAGCUUCUCUCCUCCUUACUGGAGUGAAAAAAAAAAGUCCACCUCCAGGUUCCUACGGAAUAUCAUCUGCAGAAAAUGCAUCGCGUUCUAAGGAUGACAGCCACCUAGAUUCAUGCACCCAAUCUGUACAGUUGUUGUGGAUGGUUUGCCAUCUGAAAGCUCCUCAAGCUCCUGUCUGGGCCCGGUACCUGUUUCUGAAAUGUCUCUGCUUCAUGCUUUGGGCCCAGUGCAGACCUGGCUGGGACAAGAGCUAGAAAAAUGUGGCAUUGAUGCCAUGAUUUAUACUCGCUAUGUCCUCAGUCUUCUGCUGCAUGAUAGUUAUGACUACGAUCUGCAGGAACAGAAGGCAGCCAGAUCUAAGUUUAAAUCCAAAUCUGGCGGCAACCGGGAAUUCUUCCCUCCCGAGGAGGGCAUGGAGAAGGUAUUCCCGUUUCCAGAGUACUUCGAAUGCCAGUUAAGGUUGGAAAAGAAAAAGCCUGUAGGCAACAAGCAGUUUCCCGCCUUUGCCAAAAAGUUGUAUGCUAUGCCUAAUUAUGCUGAUGAGUUAUUACAGGUUUCGCCCGUGGAUGGUCCUGUGGCUGCAUUCCAGACUGCUGGCUUAGUCUCUGAGGAUGGACUCGGCAACCUCAAAGAAUCAACAGACAAGAAGCUUGAGGCAACACUAAGAAGAAUUCACGAGUCCAUUGCCAUGAUGGUCAGAGCUGCGUCUACAGCUUCCAUCGCUGCCAGGGCAUCCAUAGUAUGGCUGAGGAAACUUAUUCAGCUCAUUCCAGAAAACAACCGCACAUUGCUAGAAGGAAUUUCCCACACGCUCAAGUCAGAUUCCUUCACGGCUGACGCCACCAUGGACAUUAUUUCCUUCGCUUCCAGGGGCCUGGCUUCUACGGCUGUGGCCAGGAGACACCUGUGGCUGCAGGCUUGGCAGACGGACGCCCUUUCCAAAUCCAUUGUUACCGCCUAUCCUUUCCAGGGGGACUGUCUGUUUGGCGACGCCCUGGACAAUAUCCUGGUGGAGACCAGGGAUAUAACAGAAGCGUAUCUACAUGUCCUGAUCCACUCUGCUCACAAGAAGUACCUUCGUUUUUGCAUCUAUGGUCAAGAUUUCCAAUACCGAGCCCUCCCCUUUGGUCUCUCCAUGGCGCCCAGGCUGUUCACCAAGCUGAUUGUCAACCCACUAAGCAUCAUUCAAAGGAAGACGAUCAAUCUACAGGUUCCCCUCAGGGUCAAAGAAAGCUUACGGUGGUGGACAGACAUAAACAACCUGACAACCGGGAAGUCAUACUAUGUUUGUCACACCAUGGAACUUUUCACAGACGGCAGCCUUCUGGGCGUCUGUCACACCAAGGAGCUGUUCACCGACGCCAGCCUCCAGGGCUGGGGGGCGACGCUAGAGGGAGUCCCAGUCGAAGGGACUUGGUUGCCAACCGAGAGGUCUCUUCCAAUAAAUCUGCUGGAGAUAAGGGCUAUCCGCUUGGCUUUGGUCCACUUCGCUUCCCGUCUGCGGGGCCAACAUGUCUUGGUGAGAACGGACAACAUCUCUGCCAAGGCUCCUCUCAACAAGCAGGGCAGCUCACGAUCCUGCCAACUGCACAAGGAGGCAAUGAAGAUUCUAUUCUGGGCAGAGAGGAGUGUUGCGUCCUUGAGGGCGGAACACAUAAGAGGGAUCGAGAACGUCCAGGCCGACUGGCUCAGCAGGGAGACAUUACCGGAGGGAGAAUGGGUCCUCCAUCCAAAUCUCUCCGACAGGCUAGUGAUCCAUUUUGGGCAACCAAUACUGGACUUAUUCACGUCACCAAUGAACCGCAAGUUACCGAGAUUUCUCACCAGAUAUUUCCACCAGGAAGCAGAGGCGACGGAUGCUCUCACGUCGAAAUGGCCUCCGGGUCUGCUGUACGCAUUCCCGCCAUUCAUCCCGAUCUCCAGGACUCAGAAUCAGGGAGCUCAGAGCAGAGGUCAUAUUUGUAGCUCUGAGAUGGACAUGACAUCUAUGGUUUUCAGCACUGCAGAAGAUGUCAAUUCUUCCGCCCUUGGUACUACCAGUGUCUCCAGACAUGCUCUCGCAGGGACCAGUGUGGCAUCCGGAUCCGGCCUGGUUAUGUCUGACCGCGUGGAGAUUGAGCGGGGCAGUCUAGCAGAGUUAGGAUAUUCCACUCAGGUCAUGGACACCAUCAUGACUUCCAGACGGAAAUCCACGAUUCGCAUAUAUAGCACCACCUGGAAGGCGUUCGUGAGAUGUAAGAAAAAAUGCUCUGAUCUAACACUAGAAGAAAUGAAAAAACAGGCUGCUGUUCAGUGUCUUCGCUCUGCUUCCGAUGAAAGCUCUGGGAUUGAGACUUUAGUGGAAGAGCUCUGCUGUAGACUGAAGGAUCUCCAGAGCAAACAAGAAGAGAAGAUUCAGAAGAAACUUGAGGGCUCUUUGCCUCCUGAAGUUGAUUUGUCUCCUGCGGCCAAGGAUCAAGUGGAAAUGUACUAUGAAGCAUUUCCACCUCUUUCCAAGAAACCAGUUUGCCUGCAAGAAAUUAUGACUGUGUGGAAUAAAUCCAAAAUUUGUUCUUACUCCAGCUCCUCCUCCUCUUCUACCGCCCCGCCAACUAGCACGGAUACAUCGUCGUCUCCCAAGGACUACAUUAGUGAAAGUGAAGUAUCUAAGGAGAGAAACAGCAACCGAGGACCUGCUGAUGCACAUGAGAGAGCCUCACAGAAAAAGGAUAAAGAUGAAAAAGAGAACAAGUUUGGAAGCAGCACUGUCGAAGAGAAACCCACUUUGUACAAGAAACAAAUCCGACACAAAUCCGAGGGAAAGAUACGUCCUCGAUCGUGGUCUUCUGGCUCUAGCGAAGGAGGUUCCAACUCUAGCGGUAAUCAAGCCGAAUUAAAAGCUACCACCAAAUGUGUUAAAGUGAGGCAUAGAACAAGGGAGGUUCGGAGUAAAAAAGGACGAAAUGGGCAGAGCAGGCACUUGGUAAGAGCCGGCGAGAAAGCGGAAAGAAAAUUCCACGGUGGCAGCAGCAGCAGCAGCAGCAGCAACGGAUCUAUCAAACAGCUGUGCAAAAGGGGGAAAAGGCCAUUCAAAGAAACUGGAAGGAAAGAUGCUGGGAACUAUGAGGGAAGAGAGCUAUAUUUUGAUAGCAGAAACGAAAAGGAAUAUAAAGAAGAGCCCUUGUGGUAUACUGAGCCAAUCGCCGAAUAUUUUCUUCCCCAGAGUAGGAAAAGCAAGCUUGAGACAACGUACCGCGGCAGGCAAGAUGCAUGUGAGAUAACAUCCGGGGCUGUAGAAGAACUAGCUGAAUCAGUGCAAGGCCUUUGCCUUGGCAACAAUAAUAUUAAUAAAACAUACCUCGCGGCAGGUACUUUCAUCGAUGGCCAUUUUGUGGAAAUGCCUGCAAUUCUCAAUGAGGACAUUGGCCUCACUAGGACCUCAAUGUGUUCUCAACCAGAGGACGACGCACACUCAGAUGGUGUUCAUCUGUCAGAACUAACACACUUCUAUGAAGUGGAUAUUGACCAAUCCAUGUUGGAUUCUGGUGCCUCAGGCAAGAUGCAAGGAGAGAGUCGGAUUUUGAAUAUGAUUCGGCAGAAGAGUAAAGAGGGGGCUAAUUUUGAGGCAGAAUGUUGCAUAGUGUUUGAUGGGAUGGAGUUGCAAGGGGAAAGUGCAAUAUGGGCGGACUCAGCCACCUCUGUUGGUGCUGAAGGGUGGUUCUUGCAAGAUCUUAGUAAUUUAGCUCAAUUUUGGGAGUGCUGUUCAUCUUCUAGCUCUGGCGAUGCAGACGGGGAGAGCUUUGGAGGAGACUCUCCUGUUAGGCUUUCCCCUCCCUUAGACAGCACAAUGCUUAAUUCACACAUGCUUGCAGGCAAUCAAGAGCUGUUUUCAGAUACUAAUGAAGGGUCUGGUUUAAAUUCUUUUUCAGUGUUUGAAGUGCAAUGCAGUAAUUCUGUCUUACCAUUUCCUUUUGAAAAACUCAGUUUGGGAAAUGAAAAUACAGAUUCUAGUAGCAAUGUUGGUAUGUUUGGGAAAACACAGUCUAGAUUGUUAAUAUGGACCAAAAAUAGUGCCUUUGAUGAAAAUGAACACUGUUCUAAUCUGUCAACAAGAACUUGUAGUCCAUGGUCAUACUCUGAAGAAACACGUUCAGACAAUGAGACUUUAAGUAUUCCAUUUGAAGAAUCCCCUCAGUUUAAUUCGGAUGAUGUUAAUUAUGUAGUUCCUAGAGUGUCUUCAAGUUAUGUAGAUGAAGAAGUUAUAAAUUUUUUGCAAGAGGAAACCUGCCAGGAACAGGCUAGACCUUUAGGAGAAAUGCCCACCUUAAUUUUUACAAAAAAAUCUAAACUAGAAUCUAUUUGUGGAAUACCGCUAGAACAGAAAUGUGAAGGCAAAGAAUAUGAACCUACACAAGUGUGUAGUGACAGCAGUCCGCAUGAAGAUGACUAUGGCUCAGGGGUUAUUAAAGACAUUUGGACAAAUAUGACAGGCAGGAGUUCUGCAGCAAUUGUGGAAAUAGAUGGCAUAGAAGAGGAAUUAUUUUCAGCCGAUGUAAACAAUUAUUGCUGCUGCUUAAAUAAUGAAGCAAAGGAAGAAGUUCUUCAGGAUCUGAAUAAAGCUGUACAGAGAUCAGAAUAUCAUCUCUGGGAAGGUCAGAAAGAGAAUUUAGAGAAAAGAGCUUUUGCUUCAAACCGUGCAUCGAAAGUGGAUUGUGGCGAUUAUACUACACCCUCCAAACCCUGGGAUGUUAACCCAGAUAAAGAGAGUUCAUUUAUUCUUGGCGGAGUCUAUGGGGAGUUGAAAACGUUCAACAGUGACGAUGAAUGGGCAGUGGUGCCGCCCAGUCACCCAAAAGGCAACUUAUUGCAGUGUGCAGCAUCUGAUGUAGUUACAAUAGCUGGUACAGAUGUGUUUAUGACGCCAGGCAACAGCUUUGCCCCUGGCCACAGACAGUUAUGGAGACCACUACUCUCAUUUGAACAGAGCGAGCCAUUGAAGUGUGGCGAUCAUGGAUUAAAUAGGGGCUUUUCGUUUAUCUUCCAUGAAGACUUGUUAGAAGCUUGUGGUAAUUUUCAAGGUGAAGAGUCUGGUGUUGAAUACUCCUUCUCUUCCUUUGACUUGAAUAAUCCAUUUUCACAAGUCCUUCAUGUAGAAUGUACAUUUGAACCAGAAGGAAUUGCAUCGUUCAGCCCUUGCUUUAAACCCAAAUCUAUCCUUUGCUCCGACUCUGAUAGAGAAGUUUUUCAUCCUAGAAUAUGUGGUGCUGGGAGGACACAGUACAGAGCGAUACGGAUUUCUCCAAGAACUCACUUCCGCCCAAUUUCUGCAUCUGAACUUUCCCCAUGUGGUGGAAGCGAGUCUGACUUUGAAUCGGAGAAAGACGAGGGGAAUGUUGCUGCCCCUCCUCAAGCCGAAGUGUUUGACGAUCCACAAGCAGAUCUCAAACCACUGGAAGAGGAUGCAGAAAAGGAAGGGCAUUAUUACGGCAAGUCAGAGCUUGAGUCUGGGAAGUUCCUUCCUAGGUUAAAAAAGUGUGGGAUGGAAAAGAGUGCUCAGACGUCUCUGGAUUCCCAAGAAGAGUCAUCCGGAAUGUUGCUGUCAGAGAACGAGAAUUCUUGCUUGGAGUGCAGUAUGAACGAGCCACAAGGUGUGAGGGCUCUGGACAGCUCUCAAACGAGUUGCAACGUUGUGGAGCCCCAAGAAGAGGAGAACAAGUCUCGCAGCUGCACAGAUGACGCGUACGAAGAUAACCUUGUUUCUUCGGCACAGCUGAAAGAGUUUCCUGGAUUGAAUAACGAUCUUCAGAAAAUAAGCUACAAUCAAGCAAAGCAGUGCUGGUGGGAGAAAGCUCUCUAUACCCCACUCUUCCCUACGCCACAGUCUGAAGAAUGCUGUACAAGUGUCGAGAAGGAGAGUGGUAUUGGAGCAUGUACAGAUAUAAAAGAAAUGCCGCACACUGAAGAACAUCUUUUAGAUAUUAAUAUGGUAUCGUCUGUUCACGAAGCAAGAUGUGCAAACCCUAGAAGCUGCGAAACAAAGUCAAAUGGCUUUAGGAAGAAGCUCUACUCCAGUGAUAGCUCCAGCUCUGAAGGCUCAGCAUCAGAAGGGGGAAAUGGAUGGGCGGAUCCUUGUGAAGAGGAGCUUUUUUCUCGAACUCACCUGUAAAGCUGCAAAGGAAAAGCCGGUGGUUAAGAUUAGCCUGAGAUGGAAAACUCUCUUCCUGAGAAUCUGUAACUUGAAACUAAAUUGAGUUUCCCCUUCAGUUAAUGGAUUCAGAAGUGUAUUUAUCUUUCUCUUCUUGGUAUUUUUAUUUUCAGUAGUUGGGAGCACUGUCCCACUGGAAGGCUUUUCUUUUCUCCCUCCAAACUCUUAGCUUCUUGGCUAUUUGGAC